GUAUUGCAACUUCCGAGAAAGGCAACCCCGGAGGACAUCCAGCCCUUUGCUCGCAGGAAGAGCUUCCGCAAGCGAGCCCUGGUAACUCAUCCUGACAAAGGUGGUCGCCCGGAAGAUUUUCAAGCCGUGGUCGCUGCCUUUGAAGUGUUGACAAACAGCCAACAUCGCGAAGAGUACGACAGGUCUCUGAAUGCCUUGGGCAACACGGACGGAGGCAUGGAUGCUGGCUCCUUGGACAUGGAUGCUGUCACAGACAUGGGCAGUGAAGAGCUUGCCGCUCGCAGAGCGGUGCGGGAGGCGCUGAUCCGGCUCUGUUCUGCGAGCCCAGCGGAGCAGAAGCGGAUACUGAAAGAGCUCCAAACGGAGGUUCUGGAAGAAGCUAUGGAGUUUCUUCAGAGCGCCCAUGCGAAGAGCGCGUGGAACAUGGAGUUCACUCAGUUCAGGAACACGGACAAAUCCAACAGUCUGUCUAUGGCUGGCAUUUAUGCAGACAUGAAAGGCAGAUAUGCUGUGGAGCUUUCAUGGGAAGGCAUGAGUGUGCGCACUCAGACGACGGUCUCCCUUUCGGAAGCGAUUGAUUGGCACAUCACACUGACACAGCUCAAGGCCAGAGCGGUGGACAGAAUAAAUCUUGGUUACAGUCCACAACUCCCUCUGACCCAAGAGGAGCUGGCCGUAGGCUACAGGACAAGCCCUGCAAUGUACCUGAGCUUCUACUGUGACUGGGGCGAGAAGGAGAGCAAGCGCCAAACGAUCACUCCAGCCACCUCUGAUCUGUCAUUGGCCGUAAAGAUAAAGCACCGAUAUGACGACAUCUUUGCGCAGGAGGAAGAGGCACUUUCCGCGGGCGGCAAAAGUCCAGCAACUGGCCAUAAGCUGCGAGCCUUGAAGAAGGAGGUCGAAACAUGGAUUGAGCAGGAGCUUCAGGAGGAGUUCGUAGUCUUGAAGAUCAUGGCUGCAGAGCUCCGGAAUCGGCACAAGAAAGCCGAGCGUGAAGACUGGAUCCAAGAGGCCCAGAGUGCCAUCGAGCUGAGGGAUCUGCUUGGCUCCAAGCGGACCGGCUUGCAUACCUCAGUCGCAAAGCUGAAAUACCUUGACACUGAGCAGAAGUCUGCGACACGGUCACUGCUUGUGGGAGAUCUGUCUUUGCGACUGAAAGCAGGACCUGAAAACCAAGCGGCGAUAACGGCGUCGGCGGCUCAAAGAUCACCUCGGAGCUCGAAGCCGAGGGCGACAAAGGAGAUUGCCGAUGCCAAGCCGCCGGCUGCACGGCCGGGUGCCUCUCAGUCUUCUGGCCGACGACGUGGCUCUCUGGAUCCCGACGAAUGCGGGGAGUACCAGCUUCGGCGGUCUGCAGAAGACUUGCGGAAGGCCAUCCUAAGCCCCCUGCUUCCCUCGUCGCAGACAGGGCGUCAGCCUGAUGCAGUAAUCCGAGCAACGCUGAAUCACUCAGCCCUGCCCGGAUGGUCUGCUCUUCGUGCAUGUGCGCGGGUCGUGCGUGUGACUGUGGAUGCACAUAUAACACGGACGUUCAAGAACUUCGUCUACAACGAACACUGGUUCCAGCGACUUGGCCUUUUGCUCGCGUCAUGGGGUGCUUCGCUUUGA